UUUAGAGUAAGAGAGAGAGAGGGGUCGAGAAGGAGAGAGAGAGAUAUGGGGAAGGUGAAGGUGUACGGGGCGGCGAUGUCGACGAACGUCGCGCGCGUGAUCGUGUGCUUGGAGGAGGUCGGCGCCGAGUACGAGGUGGUGCCCGUCGACUUCGCCACCGGCGAGCACAAGAGUCCGGCCCACCUCGCCAGAAACCCCUUUGGCCAAGUCCCUGCUUUCCAGGAUGGGGAACUAGUGCUCUUUGAAUCGAGAGCGAUUUCGCGGUACGUGCUGCGCAAGCACAAGUCGGCGCUCCUGAAGGACGGUAGCCUCGAGGAGUCGGCGAUGGUCGACGUUUGGCUGGACGUCGAGGCGCAUCAGUACAACCCCGCGGUCUCCCCGAUCAUCUACCAGUGCAUGUUCGCGCCGAUGUUCGGGGGCGUCUGCGACCAGAAGGUCGUCGACGCCAGCCUCGAGAAGCUCAAGAAGGUGCUCGACGUGUACGAGGCGCGCCUGUCGAAGCACAAGUACCUCGCGGGCGACUUCGUCAGCCUCGCGGACCUCAGCCACUUCCCCUACACUCACUACCUCAUGGGCACGCCCUGCAAGUCGGUCUUCGACGCGUACCCGCACGUCAAGGCGUGGUGGGAGGGCAUCGUGGCGCGGCCUGCGGUCAAGAAAGCCGCCGCCGGAAUGCCGUUGCCGGGGUGAGAGAGCUCGGGCCGGUUUACGACAUCUGUUUCGUUUAGUAGUUGUUAUGGUGUGCAAAAUGUAACGAAUAAGUCAGCAGUGCCAGUAACUCUUGUUGCUGCUGCUGCUGCUGCUUGUUGUGUGGUGGAGUGUGGUGUCAAAAAGCACUUCAAUGUGCUUCUGUGGUUGUUUUAGUUGGUUUAGGUCUUUGAGUUUCCUUUUAUAGCUCUACAGAAGAGUGUUAUGUCUUAUAAGAAAAUAAUACAAGUAUGUAGAGUCUAUAAACAAGCUCUGGUGUAUAUUUCCUAGUAUAACUGGAAAAUUAGUGUUUGCCCUAAAAUUAGUUUA